UUCCUCCUGCCCUUACCAGUCAUGGCGCUGGCCAGUGUGUUGGAGAGGCCGCUAGCGGUGAAUCAGCGCGGGUUUUUCGGACUCGGGGGUCGCGCGGAACUGCUGGACCUGGGUCCAGGGAGUCCCAGCGAUGGGCUGAACCUAGCCGCGCCCAGCUGGGGUGCCCCAGAUGAGCCGAAAAUCGAAAUGCUUCAUGGAACCACCACCCUGGCCUUCAAGUUUCGCCACGGAGUCAUUGUCGCCGCGGACUCCCGAGCCACCGCGGGUGCCUACAUUGCCUCCCAGACGGUGAAGAAGGUCAUCGAGAUCAACCCCUACCUGCUGGGGACCAUGGCCGGGGGCGCCGCUGACUGCAGCUUCUGGGAGCGACUCUUGGCCCGGCAGUGCCGCAUCUACGAGCUGCGCAAUAAGGAGCGCAUCUCCGUAGCCGCAGCGUCCAAACUGCUGGCCAACAUGGUGUAUCAGUAUAAAGGCAUGGGACUCUCCAUGGGCACCAUGAUCUGUGGCUGGGAUAAGAGAGGCCCUGGCCUCUACUAUGUGGACAGUGAAGGCAACCGGAUCUCAGGGGUCACCUUCUCUGUCGGCUCCGGCUCUGUGUAUGCUUAUGGGGUCAUGGAUCGGGGCUAUUCCUACGACAUGGAAGUGGAGCAUGCCUAUGACCUGGCCCGCCGAGCCAUCUACCAAGCCACCUACAGAGAUGCUUACUCAGGAGGUUCGGUCAACCUCUACCACGUCCGGGAGGAUGGCUGGAUCCGAGUCUCCAGUGACAACGUAGCUGACCUGCAUGACAAGUACAGUGGGUCUGCCCACUGAAGGAGGGUGGAUGUGGCCACUUGCAUUCACCCCUUGGGCUGACUUGGUUAAUACGAGUCCAGCACCCCGUUCCAUCGUGGCUAGGCCCCGAAUUGUAUCGGUCAUUAUAUUUUUUAAAGCUCUGGAGCAUUGACCUCUGCCUGUUACCAAUUACUGAGUUGCUCCGGAGCUGAUUUCUUGUUUAACUCUCUUGGUUGUUAACAUUACACUACUCAACCUCA